UUUCUACUUUUGAAGCACAUGAUGAAGCUUUGAAAAGCGUGCAGAGUUGUUUCAACCUCCUCGAUUUUGCGCUACAACGUUUACCGAUAGUGAAACUGAGGGACGUGUGAGCAGAAACCCAGCUGACAUCCAGAACCAAGCUGCGCCACCGACUCUGUGACCGUGAACAUGGCCUCCGCGGAGCUCGCACUUUUGAGCGUCUCAGACAAAACUGGGCUGGUGGACUUCGCCAAAAGGCUGGUGGGCGUUGGAUUGUCUCUGGUGGCCUCAGGUGGGACAGCCAAAGCCCUGCGUGAAGCUGGACUGGCAGUCAGGGAUGUGUCUGAGCUGACCGGACACCCAGAGAUGCUGGGAGGCAGAGUGAAGACGCUCCAUCCUGCUGUCCACGGAGGCAUCCUGGCCAGAAAAAGCCCCAGUGACUCUGCAGACAUGGAGAAGCUGGGCUACAGCCUGGUCAGAGUGGUGGUUUGCAACCUCUACCCGUUUGUAAAGACCGUCUCCAGCCCCAAUGUUACUGUGGAGGAUGCUGUAGAGCAGAUUGACAUCGGUGGUGUGACUCUGCUGAGAGCAGCAGCUAAGAAUCACGCUCGGGUCACCAUUGUGUGUGAUCCUGCUGAUUAUUCGCUGGUUGCCAAGGAGAUGGAGAGCUCAGACGACAAAGAUACGACUCUGGAAACACGCAGGACUCUGGCCUUAAAAGCCUUCACACACACAGCACAGUACGAUGAGGCGAUUUCGGACUAUUUUUGUGGACAGUACAGUUGUGGUGUGUCUCAGCUGCCUCUCCGUUACGGCAUGAACCCCCACCAAGCACCUGCCCAACUCUACACCCUGCGAGCAGCCCUGCCACUCAAAGUGGUCAACGGCUCCCCCGGCUUCAUCAACCUGUGUGACGCUCUGAACGCUUGGCAGCUGGUCAGAGAGCUUAAAAGCGCUCUUGGCAUGGCUGCUGCCACUUCCUUCAAACACGUCAGCCCUGCUGGAGCUGCAGUUGGAGUUCCUCUGACUGAGGAGGAAGCCAAAGUGUGCAUGGUGCACGACAUGCUGAAGGAUCUCAGCCCACUGGCCACAGCCUACGCAAGAGCAAGAGGUUCAGACAGAAUGUCGUCUUUUGGAGAUUUCAUUGCUGUGUCUGAUGUGUGUGACGUUCCCACCGCCAAGAUCAUAUCAAGAGAGGUGUCAGAUGGAAUCAUCGCUCCUGGUUACGAUGAGGAGGCGCUCAAAAUCCUCUCAAAGAAGAAGAAUGGCAACUACUGCGUGCUUCAGAUGGAUCCAGAAUAUGAGCCUGAUGACGUGGAGGUGAGAGUGUUGUUUGGUCUCUACCUCAAGCAGAAGAGGAAUGGAGGGCUGAUCGAUAAGAAAUUCUUCAGCAAUGUUGUUUCCAAGGGCUCACUCUCAGAAGAAGCUGUGCGUGACCUCACUGUGGCCACCAUCGCUGUCAAGUACACUCAGUCCAACUCUGUCUGCUACGCUAAGGAUGGACAGGUUAUUGGUAUCGGCGCCGGUCAGCAGUCUCGUAUCCACUGCACUCGACUGGCGGGUGACAAAGCUGAUAACUGGUGGCUCAGACACCACCCUCGUGUCCUGAACAUGAAGUUUCGCAGCGGUGUGAAGCGAGCGGAGAUGGCCAACGCCAUCGACCAGUAUGUCAGCGACACCAUUGGCGAGGGCCCAGACUUGGCAGUUUGGAAGUCGAUGUAUGAAGAGGUGCCCGAGCUGCUGUCAGGGACUGAAAAGAAGAACUGGAUCAGCUCCAUGCAGGCCGUGGCUGUCAGCUCUGACGCCUUCUUCCCCUUCAGAGAUAACAUAGAUCGUGCUAAACGGGUGGAAGUUGAAUUAGUGAGGAUGACUCCUGCUCCUGUCAUCUCUAAGCUCCUCACACAUCUUUACCUGCACAUGAGGAAAAUCACUCCUGUAGAAUGCAGGCUACAGGAGGAGUCCUACGAGGACGAGCCGGUCCACCUGAUGGCGGCCAGUCGCUGUGGUUCAAAGCCAACACCGACUACGUGGACUUCUACUGGACCACACGGAGGCCUUCAAACCGGACCAACAAGUUCAGCGACUCCCCGACUCGUGGGUCUGAGGACGCCGCCGAGCCUCGGUCCAGCCGGCCUCCUGUCUGUGGGUGUUUGAGUGCUGAGAGGUUUGUGGAUGCAUGUGAACGUUCUGUGUUGAAACAGCAGCUUUGGACUCAGUAACGCCGGGAAAAACCAAGAGCUCCUUUAUUUGUGACUUCCACUAAAAAAACUGAUGAAAAUAAGUUUGCCAGGGUUCUGACUGAUAACAGAUUAUUAAAUAAUGAAAAUAAUCAUUUAAAUAUUCCUUUAAACAAUCCUUUUAGGUCUACAUUUCCUUUACACUGACUUCUUGGUAUUUGUACAAGUAUUUUGGGUGGAAUAUACCAAUAAGCCCAAUGUUCAAGGGUUCUUUAGGGAAUAUACCAUUAAACCAACCUUUUUGGUAAAUGUUCCAGGAUGUUGGGUAGAAUAUACCAUCAGAUCAACCUUUUAGGUCUACAUUGGAAGAUUUUAGAGCAGAAUAUUACUCCAAACCAUCCUUUAGGUCUGCAUUUAAGGUGGAAUACUCCUUUAUACCAAGAUUUUUUGGUCUACGUUGAAGGAUUUUAGGUGGAAUAUUCCUUUGAACGAACUUUUUAAGUUUAUGUUCAAGGAUGUUUGGUGGAAUAUACCAUCAGACCAACCUCCAAGGUCUAUAGUAGUGAAUUUUAGGUGGAAUAUACCAUUAAACUCAUCUUUUAGGUCUACAUUGGAGGAUUUUAGGUGGAAUUUUCUUCCAAACCGUCUUUUAGUCUACAUUUAAGGAUGUUUAGGAUGGUAUAUUCUUCCAAACCAACUUCUCAGGUCUACAUUUCAGUUGGAAUAUUCCUCCAUACUAACUUUUUUGGUCUACAUUGAAGGAUUUUUUUCUAAACCACCCUGUUCGGGUCUAUAUUUGAGGUUUUAGGUGGAAUAUUCCUUUUAACCAGCCCCUCAGGUCUCUGAGGAUUUUGGAUGGAAUACUCGGUUAAAGCAACAUUUUAGGUGCAUGUCCAAGGAUUUUUGGUGGAGUGUUCCUUUAAGGUGGACGUUUGAGGACCUUGCAGAUGGAAUACUUCCUGAAACCAGCCUUUUAGGUCAACAUCCAAAGAUUUAAGGUGGAAUAUUCCUUUAAACCAACCUAAAUUUCAUGUUUUGAUCAUUAUCAAGUGAGAAACCUCAAUCCAGAUUCCUCAUAAUGACGUUUGAGAUUUAUGCUGCUGUUAUUUGUUUAGUUCAGACUAAAUGACAGAAAUCCACAACUGUAAUUUUAUUUCAGUACUCGGUUAUUAAAUGGCAAAAAAAUCCAUAUGACUCUAAAAACUCAACAGCUAUACAAACUCUAAGAUUAAACUCUCCACAAGGAUCCAAAAUAAGUUGGACUUCUACAUGAGAGCUUUAAUUGUUCUUCAUCUACUUCCUGAAAAGUUUGGUCAACAAAAAGAGACAAAAACUAAUAUUUUCAGCUGAACUAAAGACAGACUUUUUGAUUUUUCUGCUCACAUGUUGUGUUGUUGUAAAUUUCCUCUUUCAAAUAAAUAGCCUCCUAACCCCCUUGAAA